CCGAAGUAAUGAAGUACUCCGUUUAUAAGUAGAGGUCUACCGUAUUGAAACUUCACCAUCAUUGGUAAAGCUAGGAAGUACAGCCAGGUGCGAGAAGCUUUAGCUUUUUCUUCAAAUCUCCUGAUUCCCUUCUAUUUGCCUUAUUUCGGAAGCUGCUUUACGUUCAUGGAGAAUAACAAAGCAACUGGUCGUCGUUUUAGUGUUUUAAUGCUGCCAUGGCUGGCUCAUGGCCAUGUCGUCCCCUACCUAGAACUUGCCAAAGAACUCCAAGGAUGCAACUUUAACAUCCAUUUCUGCUCCACCCCAGUAAUUCUCUCUUUCGUUGAAUCCGCAUACUCUUCAAUCCUUUCUCAAAUCCACCUCGUCCCCAUCUCUAUCCCCACCGCCGGCUUCCCGGAGCUUCCUCCCGGCCGCCACUCCACCAAAGAUCUCCCCCGGGAGCACAUUUUCACCCUCGCCAAGGCAUUCAGGCUCUCCGCCCCGAUCUUCUCCGACAUCUUCGACCAAAUCAAACCCGACUUGCUGAUCUACGAUGUCUUCGAUUCGUGGGCGGCGGGGGUCGCGGCGUCCCGGGGCAUCCCCGCCGUCUGUUUCUGCAUCACCGGCGCCGCCUCUGUUUCCUUCGCCGACCACCUGUUUGAGCACCACUCGACGGCCGGGUAUCCUUUUCCGGGACUUUAUUUGCGUCCCCACGAGCUCAAGAAUCUGAGGGAAAACAUAGGAACCAUCGAUGAAGCAGACAAGCUCGAACUCAUAAAGCCCUUGGUGGCUUCCGACCGCCUCGUUUUGAUGAAUACCAGCAAAGAAAUCGAUGGGAAGUAUAUAGAUUACCUCUCCUCCGUUCUGGGUAAAACCGUCGUGCCGACGGGCCCACUCAUCCGCAUUCCGGGGAAAAACGGCGCGGCGGCGGAAGGUGAGAAACAGGGGGACGCGGAGAUCCUGCGGUGGUUGGACGGAAAGCCAAAAAAUUCAACUUUAUACAUUUCAUUCGGGAGCGAGUACUACUUAAGCACGGAGGAGAUUCAAGAAUUGGCGAAGGGAUUGGAGCUUAGCGACGCAAAUUUCAUAUGGGUUCUCAGGUUUCCGGCGGGGAAAGAGAUCGGAGUUGAGGAGGCUCUGCCGGCGGGUUUCCUGAACAGAGUAAACGGUCGGGGGGUAAUUGUGGAAAAGUGGGCCCCACAGAUCAAGAUUCUUGGCCAUCCCAGUGUGGGCGGAUUCGUGAUGCAGUGUGGGGGUAAAUUAUACCGUACAGCCGGCUGUACGGUGAGCACCGUACGGCCGGACAUUUUUGUAAUCAAAUCGUAUCACAGCAACUCACUGGCGAAGGACGGCAGUUAAUAAUUCGCUGAAAUCUCGUUUCUUCCAAUUUGAAGUUCGAUUGCUCCCUUUCCCUUCACGUGCCGGAAGUAGCUGAACAAAUGAAGGGAAAUUAAAGGCAGCCGCCGAUAAUCCAAUAUAGUGGUGUCCAACUUUCUCAGCCAUCUCACGAAAAAACCUCAAGCAAUUACAUCACAAUCAUGAAGCUAACCAUCAAAAUUUCUACUUAGCUUCUACAGACUUAUCUCCAAAUAAUUGAAGCUCUAUCUAAUUUAAUUCAAAAUAAGAGCUAGACUCAUUGAGUUUAGCGUUUUUGUUGCAGGAGUCAUUGGGGACGACACUUAUUGAUCAUCAGUUGUUUAUGAAUAUAGAACAUAUUACAAAUGAGUUUUAUUUUAAACUCAAAUGAGUAUAACGCCUAAACUGAAUGAAUAUAUACAAAUGAGUUUUUGGUUUUCCCGAUACUCAUUUUGUAAGUUGUAUAUGCUCAUUUGGUACAGAUGUUCUGCUCAUUAUAUUUUAACAUAAGACUUGAUUAUAUAUGCAGGAGCUCAGAUAAUGAUGCUCAACCACAUGAUUCUAAUACUCAAUAGAGGAGAUUUGAUACUCAAUUUAAAUGUAUUUAUGGUCAACUAAAAAAACUUACGAGUUUCAUAUCAAUAAUCAUUUUAUAUAUUA